AAAUUUCCCUCCACUUCUCAAACUAACCCUGAUUCUACUCCCUUUCGCUAGGCACUAGUGAAAAUCUCUUUGAUUGCUUCACGUUUUCCUGUAAGAUAACAUGGGUGAUGAUGAUAACGGUAAUGAUAAAUCGUCCGAGACGGAUGCUAGUACUUGGGAUUUUGACGGUCAGGAGACUCAGAUUUUUGAUAGUCAGUUUUUCGAUUCUCCAACUUCAUCGCCUGGUAAUAAAUUCAAUGGUGAUGAUGCUGACGAGUUCCACACUCUACAUGGUACUAUUCCUUUUGAUGACAUUGUCAUGUUUGAAGAUGAGUUAGCGACCCAAGUUAUGGACCCUGAUGGUGAAACCCAACUGGUUAACCUUGGUUGUGAGACCCAAGUGGUGAACUUUGAUGCUGAAAUUGAAGUGAUGGACUUUCCCGAUUUUGUUGAACAGAAUGGCACUCAGUUAUUUAACGAUUAUGAUACUGAAGAAGUUGUAGAUAGUGAUCAUGAAGGAACUGAGAAUACUCAAGUAGUGGAUGAGUCUGAUGAGCUGUCUGUUGAAGAUUCUGGUAGGAGAGCAUCCACUAAUUCAGCAGACCUAGAGCAUACACAGCAUAUGCGUCAAUGCAACAAAGAUACAAAUGAAUGCAAGCCAAAAAUGGAUUGUGGAAGGAGUGAACAGCAAACUUCAGACUUGACAGGAGUAGGUUUCAAGACAUUUACCUCGAUUCGUGCAGCAUCUAUGAGGGCUUCUGGCCUGGCAGCUCUCAACAAAGCUUCUCAAAGAAGUAAGAGUCCAUCUUGUUCUACUUUAUGUUCAGAACCUGACAUUGAACAUAGAAGAAAACUACUUGGAAGAAGUCCAUCUCAUGACCUGGAGAACCACAAAUUAUUUGAUGGACCAGAAACUGGGAAUAGGUGUCGAUUUGGUAGGGCAACUGCAAGGAAACUUUUUGCUGAGGAUGCACAAACUGAAACUAAAGAGCCAAAUGACAAUGCGAAACUUUGUGUAGAAGCUAAUUCACAUAUGUGUUCUGGUUUGGAGACUGAGUUGGCUGGAUUAAGCUAUGUUGAUUCUCAAGAACCUGGAGAGGCAUCACAAGCAAAUGCACUUGACUUUGUGGACAACUUUUUGAAAGUCAAUAUUGAGUGCAGUGAUGAACGUGACAUUGGCAAGUCUACUGGGGGCAAAGAAAACCCUGUUUUAAGUGCUAAAGGGACUCAAACUUUGGCCAAAAGUGCUAAUCUUAUCAAUGCAGUUGGUGAGAGAGGGAUUUUUGAUUGGGAUAAUAAUCGUGAAGAUGAAGGAGGAGGAGAAUUUUUCAGAAAGAAGAAGGAAGCAUUCUUUGCUAGUGGAGGCCGGAAACUGAAUUCCUCCUCUUCCAGAAAUGGCAGGAUAUUGGGAGUCUCAAGAGACAAGAAGCAACCCAACAUCCAUGAGAAAAUAAUGGGGUUAGUUUGCUCUGAUUCGAAGUUGGUUGUGGGAAAUAAUAAAGCAAAUGAUAAAUCAGAUAACAGCUUAAGAACACACUUAAAGGAUUCAAAUUCCAGAAAGAAUCUUAUUAAUGAAUUGGAUAAGCAGUCAAAUCUACAUGAGCAUGGGAUGUCAGAUAUGCCAACUGACAUGCAUGCACAAGAAACAACGGAGAUACGCUUUGACACACAAAUGGCAGCCGAAGCAAUGGAAGACUUAUGCUUUGGAUUGCUUGUGACUGGUCAUGAAUCCACCAAAGCUGAUGAAGGUUGCAACCAUAUGCCAAAGGGGUUUUAUAAAGGAGAAGCGCAGGAGAAAUCACUUACAAAACGAAGUCGUAAAGCCCUACCCUUGCCUGAUGAUGGAGCCAGAACAAGACAAUCCAAGCUAAAGAGGAUUAAUGGUCAAUCUAAGGAAGCGACUGCUGCUCCAUUACAACACUCUGCAAAAGUUAGGAAGCAACAUGACACCGUACCGGUUAAAGAACUUAAGCGGGUCAAAUCAGCUGGUAAAAAGAAAAUUGCCUGCAAUCAGAGUGAGAAUCUUGACAAUCUGCCGAAAAGAAGAGGAGAGAUGUCUCUGAAGAGAAGAGAAAUUGACACAACAGAUGCUCCUGUUGAAUCGGGCGACCAAAUGUCAUUCAAGAAACAGUGUAUUCAAGGGGCACUUGGACAUGUUACACCUGUAGCUCGGCGAACUAGGCGGUCCAUGAGAGUUAAUGAGUCAGAGAAGUCGAAGGAUGCUUCAAGUGAUCUCACAGAGGAGAUAAAUAUUCUGACUGGAUUUGUCCCUAAAGGCAAAAGAACAUGCCAAAAGUUGUCACCUGCAAGACAAAAAGUUGGUAGCCAAUCUAUUUCAAGAUUGACGAGGUCAAAAGUUGCUAUUCUGAGUAAACAAGGAAAAGGAUCUGGUGAUAAUCAUCACGGAAAUGGUCAGGCUAAUACCUUGCCAUGUUAUGAAGAAGCAAGGGCAAGUCCUAGGCUAGAAGGAUCCCUUAGAGUAAGGAACGAACCAAUUCCUUCAGCAUGUGCUACUCCUGUCAGUCGUGGGACACCUGUAAAGGAAGCAUCUCCAAUCUGCAUGGGAGACGAAUAUCUUAAGCAGUCAUGCAGGAAGAGUCGUAUAAGGUCAUCCCUUAUCCAAGAAGUCUGUAGCUUAGCUUCUGCAGGAGCAACACUUAUAUCUCCGACCAAAGAUACAAGGAAGAGGAGAGAUGUUUCUUUGAUUUGUGUUCUGUUCAGUCGUCACUUAGAUGGAGAUAUCGUCAAGCAGCAAAAAAAGAUCUUAUCUCGGUUGGGGGCUUCAGAAUCAUUUUCGAUGUCAGAUGCAACACACUUCAUAGCAGAUGACUUUGUACGUACAAGGAAUAUGUUGGAAGCAAUUGCUUUGGGGAAACCAGUAGUUACACAUCUCUGGCUUGAGAGCUGUGGACAAGCUUGCUGUCACAUCGAUGAGAAAAAUUUCAUACUGAGAGAUGCUAAGAAGGAGAAAGAAUUCGGAUUUAGUCUUCCAGCAUCAUUGGCACGUGCGUGUCAAAAUCCACUUCUGAAGGGACACAAAGUCUUGAUUACACCAAAUACAAAGCCUGGUAAAGAUAUAUUAGCAAACUUGGUCAAAGCAGUUCAUGGUGUGGCGGUUGAGCGAAUGGGCAGAACUGCAUUAAAGGAUGAUAAAGUUCCUGAGAGAUUGCUGAUUCUAUCGUGUGAAGAAGAUUAUGCGCUCUGUUUGCCUUUCCUUGAGAAAGGAGCAGCAAUUUAUAGUUCGGAGCUCAUACUCAACGGCAUUGUUACCCAGAGACUGGAUUACCAAAGACACCGUCUCUUUUUAGAUCACGUGAAGAGAACCCGUUCGACAGUUUGGCUGAAGAAAGAUGACAACCAAUAUAAGCCUGUUGGUAAAGGGAAAUAAACGUCGCUAUGUUUGAUCUUCUGCCGGUAUCCGAUCUUUCCUUUUUUUUAUCUUUUUUUCUUUGUUGUUUUUUGUUUUAGCAUGUACAUGUGAAAAAUAAGUAGCUUUGUUAAAUUAGAAGUGCAAGAGCUUGUUUAUUACUUUGGACUUCUUUUUCCUGGAAUUUUCAAAGAGGUAGGAUUGAAUGAUGACUUCAAAAGUCUCGAUCCAUUUGGAUUUGAAUUUCAUUUCAUUUUGCAUUUGAU